AGCUGACCAAGAAUUUUUCCUUUACUCUUUCUUGACUUCCCUUCUCAGCUCACUGACCCAGCUGCAGCUGCAAACGCAACAAGUACUAUCGCACAAUGUUUGGGUCCCUCCUGCUUGCCUGUCUGUUUCUACAUCUGGUAGUCUCCAUACCUCAACCGCCGUGCCGCCGAUGCUGUGACCACAUCCCACCACUAGAUGACGCUGCAAACCUCAGAGAAAGCAUGCCUGCAAUGCCUGAGGUCCGCACAUAUAUCAACAUGACCAUUCUUAAAGGGGACAAAGGUGACCGUGGAGAAAGAGGAACUCCUGGGAAGCCUGGGAUUGAGGGUUCCCCAGGACCACGGGGGUCUGAAGGCCCCAAAGGAGAUAAGGGACAAGCCGGAGCUCCAGGUGACGCCUGCAAGUCCCAGCAUUCUGCUUUCUCAGUGGGCCGACGGAAGUCCCUUCACAGCGUUGACAACUACCAGGCCCUGAUCUUUGACACCAUCUUCGUGAACUCCCCCGAACACUUCGACAUGUUUACCGGGAAGUACCGUUGCCAAAUCCCAGGAAUCUACUUCUUCAAUGUGAACAUCCAUACGUGGAACUUCAAGGAGACGUACCUGCACAUCAUGCAUAACGACAGCGAGAAGGCCAUCGUUUACGCUCAGCCCAGCGACCGCUCCAUUAUGCAGAGCCAGAGCGUCAUGCUGCCUCUGCAGGAGGGCGACGAAGUCUGGGUCCGUCUCUACAAACGUGAGCGUGAGAACGCCAUCUACAGUGACGAUGUGGACAUUUACAUCACGUUUAAUGGAUACCUCAUCAAACCUGAAAUUGAGAAAUGGCCAGAAAUGGCAACGAGGAGUGAAAGGGAUGAUUAUGGACAUGAAGUUUGAAAAUGUGCCAAAAUGCUUGAUCGGUGGAGCAGCUUUAACAAAACUGAAAAGCAUCCAAACGUUUCGUAUUAGAUUUCUGCAGUCCAAACUAAAUUCCCUAAUGCAGGGAAAUCUGCUUUUUCUACUUCAGUGUGAAGUCUUGUGUGAAGAGAACCAGGAAAGUUGAGGUCACAUUAGCAACAUUUUAUUUUACAUUAGAGAGAUUUUGUGUGCUGAAAAGGUUCCCAGCUAAUGCCUUCUACAGACUGUCCAAUUUCAGCAAUCUUAAAAGAUCAUAACAGAUUGCACUGUGCAAUACUCAAUGGCAUUUAAGCUUUAGCACCAUGUCAAGUUGAGCAGCACAUCAUGUCAUGUUGAAUUUUUAUUGGCUAGUCAGUAGACAUACAGUUGAGGUCAUAAGUUUACAUACUCCUUGAGGAAUCUGCAAAAU